AUGGCAUCCUCUGCUCUCAACUUCGCCGCCGUCAACCCAAAGCUCCAACAAUCCCCGAAACCCACUCCACCCUCCCACAGAUUCACCACCGCCAGAAGAUUCCCCUCCUCCCUCCGCCCAAUCAAAGCCUCCAUAUUCGACAAAUCCCCACUCUCCUCCAUCCCAGGUUUGACCAAACCGGCCCCGUCAUCGUCCCCCGAAACCAAUCUCCCAAUCCGACAGAUUCCAGGCGACUACGGCCUCCCUGGAGUCGGACCCAUACAAGACCGCCUCGAUUACUUCUACAACCAAGGCCGCAACGAGUUCUUCAAAUCCCGAAUGCAGAAGUACCAGUCAACGGUCUACCGAGUCAACAUGCCCCCGGGCCCUUUCAUCUCCACCAACCCUCGCGUCAUCGUCCUCCUCGACGGGAAGAGCUUCCCCGUCCUCUUCGAUUUGUCCAAAGUCGAGAAGAAGGAUCUCUUCACUGGAACCUACAUGCCCUCCACGGAUCUCACCGGAGGGUACCGAAUCCUGUCCUACCUCGACCCCUCCGAGUCCAAUCACGCCAAGCUCAAGCAAUUGCUCUUCAAUUUGAUCAAAUCCCGCCGCGAAUUCGUGAUCCCCGAGUUCAAUUCGGCCUUCACCGAGCUUUUCGAGGUGCUGGAGUACGAUAUCGCGACGAAAGGGAAAGCAGAGUUCGCCGACCCGAAUGAGCAGGCCGCUUUCAAUUUCCUCUCGCGCGCCUUCUUCGGCGUGAGGCCGAUCGACACCGCGUUGGGGAAGGACGCGCCGACGCUGAUCUCGAAGUGGGUCUUGUUCAAUCUCGCCCCGAUCCUCUCCGUCGGGCUGCCGAAGGAGGUCGAGGAAGCCACGCUCCACUCCGUCCGCCUCCCGCCCACGCUCGUACAGAAGGAUUACAACCGCCUCUACGAGUUCUUCUCCUCCGCCGCGGGAACGUUCCUCGACGAGGCCGAGCAAUCAGGGAUCUCGAGGGAGGAAGCCUGCCACAACAUCUUGUUCGCGAUCUGCUUCAACUCGUGGGGCGGGUUCAAGAUCCUGUUCCCGAGCUUGAUGAAGUGGAUCGGGCGGGUGGGGAUGGAGGUCCACACCCGACUCGCCCGGGAGAUCCGGACCGCUACCGCCGGCGGCGGCGGUGGAAUCACGAUGGCGGCGAUGGAGAAGAUGCCGCUGAUGAAAUCCGUGGUGUACGAAACGCUGCGUAUCGAUCCGCCGGUGUCGCUGCAGUACGGGAAGGCGAAGAAGGAUUUCGUGCUGGAGAGCCACGACGCGGCGUACGAGGUGAAGGAAGGGGAGAUGCUGUUCGGGUACCAGCCGUUUGCUACUAAGGACCCGAAGAUUUUUGACCGACCCGAGGAGUUCGUACCCGACCGGUUUGUUGGGGAGGGAGAGGAGCUGCUUUCGCACGUGAUGUGGUCGAACGGGCCGGAGACGGAGCGGGCCAGCGUGGCGAACAAGCAGUGCGCCGGGAAGGAUUUUGUGGUCAUGGUGGCGAGGUUGUUUGUCGUGGAACUGUUUAGGAGGUACGAUUCGUUUGAUAUCGAGGUCGGAACGUCGCCGUUGGGGGCGAAGAUCACGUUGACUUCGUUGAAGAAGGCGACUUUCUGA